AUGCAGGGUCCAGACCCAGAUCUCGACCUGGUCAAGGAAGCCUGCAAGGCUGAACUCGGAAGAGGCCGACAGGAAGAACUUCCGUUGAGCAACGAUGCGAAGAGGCCGACCUACCAGCCCAGAGGCUCCGGGACGAGUCACAUCCCAGAGGCUCGGAAGCACAAACUCGAGAACAAAUGGAGUGUUAAAAUUGUCGACGAGGAAAGUCUACAGAUGGAGGGCCUAGAGAUUGGCGAUAGCCGCCCCUGGGCUCAAAUUACCAACCAGUACAUGGCGCGCCAUGCUUUUUCAUCGGCACCGCCUCGGAUUGCGAUGGCAGCUAGUCAAGCACAACCCUCCACCGUUUCCAAGGCUCCCUCGUCGAUGAAGCCGGCAGCGCGUGUCACUGCUCCUCCUGUACAGCCAUCGGCACCUGUCUCUACCCGAAGAGUCGUGCCUCACAAUGUGAUCUAUGUUGGUACACGCCCUCAGGUUUCAAACGGGGGAACACACCCCCCAGUCGAAACUGUCACCAAGCCAAUGCCAAUUCCAUCGACUCCCCAGCAGGCCGUCCUAUCUCAGGGCGAGUGUGAGAUUGUCAAUGAAUCUCACAACUCCUCCAUUCCUGCAAAGUUCAUUGCCAAGGUGCAUGUGCAGAAGAACGAAGGAACGUUGGUCCUGAUUCCCUCUGGCAAAGCCGAGUUGGCGUACAAUGUCCUGGAUCUCGGCAAUGCCGCCAUCCAGGGACCUUUCUGCUUCAUCUACAGCGCAAAGGGUGAGCGUUUGCACAAGAUAAAAUUGAGGACCGCUGCGGCAGCAGACAGCUUUCAGUAUCUUCUGAAGUGUCUUGUGGAAUCCGCUCAAAGGUUUGGCAGGCCCCGAUCAGUGUCUCCUAAGCCUACCCCGACCCUUGUCGCCCAAAAGCAACGAGAUACUAUUCUCCAAGCUCCUCCCAAACCAAGCUUGGCGGCACCAGGAGAUGCUCUGAAGAUGACCAACGGCAAAGCCAGUGGUGCUGUGCAAGUGCCGGAUGCAACCGAUGCGCCCCUGCAGCCAAAGUCCGAAGCCAGCCUUCUUAACGUGGAAGAUGCUUCUCAUACCAAGCCAUCGCUCACUAUUGAGGCUGCUGCGGAUCACAUGCAGCGUAUUGUUCAGCAGAUCCUAUCCGAGAUUACUGCCACCGGAGUUCAAGUGCCCGAGCAAGGCGUCGAGGUGAUUGAGUCGACGGCAAUCGCCAAUUGGAUGGCUCAGGGGUUCAUGCAGACUGAAACGGAGUCUGCCGAGCUGAAGGAGGAGCUUGUCGACCUUCUCCGACUGCUGGUCCGUAUCAAACGAAAGGUACAGUCCAGGCAUGGGGGCAACGCUGAAAGCAAGUCUGUGCCCAUUUCAAGCGCCACGUUGCAGGAUCUCCAAGAGAUCGUCGAGACGCCCAGCAAGCGCAUCAAGUACACUCCGGCAGACAUCAAGCAGCUGGAGAGCCAUGCCGUGUCACGCGCGGAUAACAUCAAGGCGUCAGGUCUCCGAGAGAUCCAGAAGGGCACCUCUUCUACUGUAGAUGCUCUCAAGAAGGCUCACAAGAGCUCUCCGCCUACGACAGAUACCUCCAUCGAGAUGACAGUCCCCAGUAUGGCGGAACAUAGAGCCUAG